UACUAUGCACAGUUGAGAGCCCACUGCAAGUCAGACGCUACUAUUAAUCAAAAUUGCAAAGAUGAACGAGGUAACCACAGCGGACUACAGAAGGCAGAUGUGGGUGGUAGUCUACAUCCACCUAUUUCUCUGGGCCCUUUGCUGGGUUCUUGCCUACAUCUACCGGAAUAAUGGCAAAGUUAGAGGUGAUCUUCCAGCACCUGCAACAGCACCAACGGACACCGCGCCCACUACUGGCAAGGCUGGCCCCAACAAACUUGGCCUGAUUCACGGGGGUGCCGAGAAUGCCGAGCGUGUUGCGCGAAUGACAUUGAUUUUGGCUCUGGUUGCGACCAUCUUGGUUAAUGCACUCUCCGGCGGAACUCGCUCUACCUCUGCUCUACUCUGGACUUUUAUGUGCAUUUCAGUCCUCCACAUUCUUGCGGUGGCCUUAGUUCGUCACUCUGCUGUCCCAUUGACUUUUGCUGCGAUCUCUUUUAUUUUAAUUAUCAUUAUAGCAGGCUUGGGCUUCCGCACUUAGACCUGUUGGGCGGAGCUGCAUGUUCAAUAAAUAAUUUUCAAGUUUUGUAUGAAAGUCUUACUAUCACAAAAGUCAUCCUCCUUGGUAUAAGCUUUC